AUGGUUAAAGAAUAUGGGAUAUACCCAAGUGUAGAGCAUUAUGCUUGUAUGGUUGAUCUUCUUGGCCGAGCCAAUCGACUAGAUGAAGCAGCUAAGAUUAUAGAAGGUAUGCGGAUUGAACCAGGACCUAAAGUUUGGGGUUCUCUUCUUGGAUCAUGUAGGAUUCAUUGCAAUGUCGAGCUUGCGGACAGGGCAAGCAGGAGGCUUUUUGAGCUUGAACCUGUAAAUGCUGGGAACUACGUACUUUUGGCCGACAUCUAUGCAGAAGCUAAGAUGUGGGAUGAUGUAAAAAGAGUGAAGAAACUUUUAGAGGCCCGGGGACUGCAGAAGGUACCCGGUUGCAGUUGGAUUGAAGUUAAAAGGAAAAUUUACUCACUCACAUCAGUUGACGAGUUAAACCCGCAGAUUGAACAAAUCCAUGCAUUAUUGCUGAAACUUUCAAUGGAGAUGAAAGAGAAAGGUUAUGUUCCUGAAACAAAAGUUGUGCUCUAUGAUCUUGAUACAGAGGAGAAAGAACGAAUUUUAUUGGGCCACAGUGAAAAACUUGCAGUUGCCUUCGGAUUGAUUAAUAGCAAUAAAAGGGAUGCUAUCAGGAUCACCAAGAACUUAAGAUUAUGCGAAGAUUGUCACACUUUUACAAAGUUCAUUUCAAAGUUUGCAGGUCGAGAAAUUUUAGUUCGGGAUGUGAAUCGCUUCCACCAUUUCAAAAAUGGGGUUUGUUCUUGUGAGGAUUACUGGUAACCUCGUAGCAAUAUUCUCAUCCUCAUUUUUUUGCCAUAAUUUUGUCCUGUGUACAGUCAACGUAGCUCUAUGAGUAAUCAUCUUACCAUCA